CGUGCGAAGAGCUCGACAUGUCAUUCAGAGGAAUCCGCCACCUGAAACGCGAGGAAGUGAAGGCGACUCAAUUCGGUAUAAAGCAUCAACCACAUCUGCCUCGAGCUUUGAAAACAUCAGUUCAGAGCUCUGGUAGACGUUUGCUGUAUUUUCUCGAGGAAUUAUUAUUGUUCACGUAAGAAGUCCCGUCUAUAAUAUACCCAUUCAAUUUGAAUGACCUAUCUAACAUUAUACUGGAAUUAAGUAAUAUUGACAGACCUUCUUGCGCACCUGUUACCUUAACGGAGCGCAAGACGAUGAUACCACCGGGAGACUGCAUGUAUGCGGGCAGGAAAAGAAGGAAGCCCGUUCAAAAACAGAAACCGGCCACGGUGAGUGAGAAGUCCAACCCGUCAAAGAGGCACCGGGACCGCCUGAACGCGGAGCUGGACCGGCUGGCCAGCAUGCUGCCCUUUUCCCCAGACAUCAUCUCCAAGCUGGAUAAACUGUCUGUGCUGCGUCUCAGUGUCAGCUACCUCCGGGUCAAGAGCUUCUUCACAGUGACUCAUGAGAAGCCGUCCAACAGAAAACAUAUCAGUCCAGCCACCAACCCCCUCCCCGAGCCCAGAAAAGACAGCCUGCCUAUGGCUAUGGGCAACAGCAUAACAGAGAGUGGGCUCCUUCUGGAGUCCCUGACGGGCUUUGCGCUGGUGGUGAGCAGUGAUGGAAUGGUCUUCUAUGCCUCCUCCACCAUCGUCGACUACUUGGGCUUCCAUCAGACGGACGUGAUGCACCAGAACGUCUUUGAUUAUAUCCAUGUAGAUGACCGGCAGGAGUUCAGAAGACAACUCCACUGGGCCAUGCACCCCAGCCAGCACGGCUCAUCCCAGGACCACCAUUCAGCCGCAGAAACGGGAGAAGACUUUGUGGUGAGCAGCCUGUUCCAUUCUCAGGAGGCAGGGGGAGUUGCUCCUGAGUUCUCCUCCUUCCUCAACCGCUGUUUCAUCUCCCGUGUACGCUGCCUGCUGGACAGCACCUCUGGCUUUUUGACCAUGCAGUUCCAGGGGCGGCUGAAGUUCCUCCAGGGACAGAAGAAGAAGUCGGGUUCGGGGGCCCUGCUACCCCCGCAGCUGGCCCUGUUCUGUGUGGCUGUGCCUCUUCUGCUGCCCUCCAUCACAGAGAUGAAGAUGAAGGGCAUGAUGAUGAGGGGCAAGCAGAAGAGCGGAGGGGGCAUCAUCCCUGCACUAGAUCAUGGUGAGAGAGAGGAGCACUUCAGGAGGCACGCUGGCAGUGUGGUGAUGGUGGAUGGCGGGGACCCGCUGCUCCUCAACUGCACCAACCCCGGGGGGUCCCAGCAGCGCCUCAAGUACAAGUCGGAGGGGGGCUACUACGGCCAGGACGAGCCCCUCAACUACUGCAAGACCUCUAUGGGCGGCGUCCCCCACCACAAAGGCCCAGGCCCGGACUCCCCGUGGCCCAUGCGGCCUGCCUCAGGGACCGUCCGAGCUGGGCAGAGUGGCGGCUACAUCCCCUCGAAUCGACUCGGGAAGGCGGGCCACUAUGGUAAGCCCUACCGCAUGUCCCCCAGCAUGUGUCAUGGAGGAGGGCGAGGUGGUGAGGUCUACGUGCCCAAGAUGUACGGGAGCCUCCAGACCCCCGACGGCUCGGACCCCUACUGCUUGGGAGAGGCGGUGAAGAACGAGAAUGGCUACGGCGAGUGCUACGAUGGCCGCCUGCUGCCUGAGAUGCCCAUCAAGGUGGAGCAGGACUCUGACUCGGAGAACGGCUGUGACGCCUAUGGCCGUCCGUGGACGUGCCGGGAGCCCGUGGACCGUCGCUAUGGCAACGGCUACGGCGACAACAACAGCCUUCAGAUGAAGUCGGAGGCGGACUACUACGAGCAGUACUCGCCGUGCCAGCGGGGCAAGGCGGGUAUCAGCCCCAUCAGCCCACCCUACAACAACGGCCACUUCCAGAACUAUAAUAACGUGGGGGGCGGCAGGCCCUUGAAGAGUGUGAUUAACAAGGACAUGUCCCAGUUCAGUCCCCAGAGGCUGUCCCACUCAGACCCCCUCUGUAGCAGCCAGAGCAUCAACUGCAUGGACGUGUAUGCAAGCGGCCCCGUGGAGCACAACAAGGGCUACAUGCAGCAGGACUACAAGCUGGGCUACGAGUUCAAAGGUCACGGACUGCUCCACGCCAUAAAGCGGGAACCCAUGGACUCACCCCCGUGGUCGGACGGCAGCAGCAACGACAUGAGUCAUGCCAUGGGGCACUCUCAGAGGAACGUUAUGCCACACUGUGUGAUGAACGCUGGGCAGCACAAAGCCAACCCCUAUGUUUAUAUGCAAUAGACAUACAUCCAUCCCACACUUCCUCAUUCACCAGCAUAAUACAUUGGCAGAAGACAUUCAGGAUAUGGCUCAGGUUUAAAGACUAAGUGUUGAGACAAUCACAGAAAGGUAUGGGGGGAUCCUACCCCUGGAUUUUGUUUUGAUGAAUGGAAGAAAUUGUAGUUACUAUCCGAAGCACUUUUGAUGUAGUGAUGCAAAUUUUCUAGUCACAUUUCUGUUUGUGUUUUGUGUUGUCUCCACCUGACUUCUCUGGUAGGCUGUUUAAAAAUGUGAUAGUAAACUGUAUAAAAUGUACACAUUCGUGAUGGGUGAUACAGGAUUAUGUUACAGUGAGUGUAUGUGAAUUUGCAAUUAUGUAAAUAUUUGACCUCAAGAAAUUAUUUCCUGUCUAGAAGGUUUACCCAAAGAGGGUUGUGCAUGCUCUUUUUAGUCAGGUUUUGUAAAUCAAUUGAAGGAUCAUUUGAACAUGGUACGCAUCAGUCUGAAUACACUAUAUAUACACAAAGAAUGUGGACACCCCUUCAAAUUUGUGGAUUCGGCUAUUUCAGCCACA